AUGGCACAGCAAUCAUUAGCUGAACAACUUCAAAAUAUUAAAUUAAAACCAUCAAAAGACAAGACAAAAGAUUUUAGCGAUCCCAAACUAGCGGGAUUUACAACAACGAGUGAAAUUGAAACAUAUCAAAAUAAUGCACUGAAAGCAAAUAUUGAGGAAUGGCAAACUAUUUUGCAAAAUGAAACAUUUCCAACUUCAUAUUGUCCAAUUUCGUAUGAAGAUGCCACAUAUUUUCUUGAAAUAUAUGAUGUCUAUUUUAAAAAUUUACAACCUGAACACAUAUGGGAACGUUUAUUGAAUUGGCGUCAGAAUUUUACAGACAAGAGUAGUAACAAAUUGGAUUGGUUAAAUGGAAUAUGUUUGCGUUUAGACAAUUCAGUUAAUGAAUUUAAACAAUCGUUCACUAAUGGAUUAUUUGUUAAAACAUCUUCAAGAAGUGCUAAAGAUGCACCAGUUUAUCAGAAGAAAUUUAUGGAUUCAUACAAACAAGAAUUAUCGAAAUACAGUGUAGAAGAACAAAAAAUUGAAAAUAAUCAAAUUAUUUGUCUAUUAACCGCAGCUUUCAAUGGAUUAAAAGUGAAUAAUGUUGAUGAUAUAUUGAAUCAAUUUGUGUGUAGUGAACGAAUUUAUCAAGAUAUGUUAUUAGCUACAGAAGCCUAUGAUCGACGAAAAAGUGUCGAUGUUAAUCUUGAAUUUCGUGAAAAUUUUGUAUUGAGACCAUUUAUUCAAAUUGAUGUCGACAUGGAGUAUCGUGGUUUUGUUUAUGAUUAUAAAUUGACCGCUCUAUCACAAUAUAAUUAUCUUCUAUAUUCAAAAAGACUGAAUGAAAAUAAGGAGAAAAUCGAAAAAUUUAUUUUACAGUAUUAUAUUACACGAGUAAAACCAAAAUUAGAGAGUAACAAUUACUUAAAACAUUUUAUCAUUGAUUUUGCAUUAUGUGAAAAGAAGAAUAUAGAUAAAAACAUUGAAAAUGGUGAGUAG